AAUUAUGGCGGAUGAGAACAGUGUUUAUGUAUUUAUUUAAUUAAAAAUUUCUAUCAAAAAUGGAAAUUUAUUGUGCUGUGUAUGGCUGUCCGUCUUCUAGCAAAGACAAGGAACGCUAUUUAUAUCCAUUUCCAUUGGACCCCAUUAGGUGUAACAACUGGCUACAAGCAGUAGACCGUCUAGAUUUAGGCCAUCUAAGCAUAGACAACCUGCACAAAGAGUAUAGGGUAUGCGACAUACAUUUUACAUUCCUGGACCAGCACAAAAUACUGUUAGACGAUGCCGUUCCCAACUUGAACUUACCACAUCGAACUAUUUUGGACGACUUGACAAAAUCAACCCAGACCGAUUUUAGCAACACAACCGUAGCUACCCAAACCGAAACGGCUACAAAUGAAAUUGCAUGUCAAACCGAAUCUGCUGAGAGUAUAGAAUCGCAACAACAAUGGAAAAUAGACAACCCGUUGAAAAGAAAGUUACUAAUUACAUUAGCCUUUGACCCAAAAACAGCGAAGACCAAUCAGAACUGUGACUCCGAUCAAAGUGAACAAACGAGUCUAAGCAACGCAUCGAUGUUAGAAAAUAACGCAGAGAAUCCAACAAUAUGCGACGUUACAUGCCAGCCGGAUAUAGCGUCUAUCGUUCCAAAAAGUGGUGACAAACCAAAAGUAAAGAGGGAAUCUCCUAAAGUUGUUCCAAAAAAUGUUAAAAAGUUCUCAAGAUGCGAGGAAAAAAAACCUAAACAGAAACGGAAGGGUAGAAAGUCGAAGUGUCAGAAAGAGGUGUCGUCUGACGAACCGAACGAAACCUCUGACUCUGAUGAAGAAGAGAUGGACUACGAAACGAUGAUGCAAUCAAGAUUGGAAGAGGCUAUAAAGCUGAUCCAGCAGCAAUGGCGGCUGCACGAGAAAAAAUACCGGAAAAACCGACGCGAUAAUGAUAUUGAAGAGAUCACGGAAGAUCCUGUUGAGAAGUUAAAGGUAAAACAAGGCAGAGCUUAUGGCAAUGAGCUGAAGUUCUUAGCGUUAAACUUGUUCUACUCCAACCCAACAGCCUACAAAGCUUUAAGGCAGCAUCUGAAUCUACCCACAGAGAAAACUUUACGGAGAAUACAGGUCGGGAUCUCGACGAAAUUGACGCCAACAGUCAUAAACUGCCUAAAACUUAUCGUUAGCAAGUUGAAAGAUGAAGAGAAGUACUGCAUCGUCUGUGCUAACUUACUGCCUUUGAAAGAAGAGAUCCAUAAAAUAGCAAAUUCAGAUAAAAGUAUGGGGUACCACGAAAUAAACGACAUACAAGGAACUGAAGUUGCCAGUAAAUCUUUAGUGGUGUUAACCAGGGGUAUCUAUUCCGAUUGGAAACAGCCUUUGAUAACGUGUCAAUUGAAGGAAAACUUCGAUAUUUCGGAAGUCAACUUGUGGCUUGACGAAAUAAUUGGUACUCUUAUGGACGUAGGCUUAAAAGUGAUAGCUUUUACAACGAACGAACAUCCAAAUAUGCUAAAUAUGGCGAAAGCACGUAACAUAUGCCCUGAGCGACCAUUUUUCUUCGUAAACAAUCAUAAAGUUUACUACAUCUUUGACGCUUUACACAUAAUGAAUCAAAUCAGAAACGUGAUGUUAAACCAUUACUUUAGAUUCGUAGAAGUCGAUGGUACCGAGCAAAUAGCUUCCUGGUUUGAUAUCGAGAAGCUUUUCGAAACAGAUAAAACUAGAGUGUACAAAUUCGCGCCGAAAUUGACUGAAAGUCAUAUAAGACCGAAUGAUUUGGACAAAACAAGGAUACAUUACUCUGCUCAGGUAUUUAGCAAGACAGUUGCAGCUGGUAUAAUCAACUGCAUAGAACUGAAGCAUCUGACAGCGCGAAGCUACGGUACAGUCAAAUUUGUCGAUUUACUGAACAACAUUUUCGACAUUUUGAAUUCGUAUGAUGAUAAAGAUAUAUGCCGGUACAAAAUUCCGUUCUGUUUCAAGGAUUAUCAGAUGGACGUCUUCGAAAAAAUGCUAAAUCUGCUUCCGAAUCUCAAAGUCAUUACCAAAAAUUACGAAGACGUUACAAACACAGUGGAGACCUUAAGGUGUCUCGAAAUUACAAUCAGAGCUGUUCUGAACAUCGCUUCCGAUUUGAAAACGAAUGGUUACCAAUAUUUAUGCACUAGAAACCUAAAUUUGGAACAGUUGGAUACAUUUUUCGAGUCUAUGAGGCGAAAGUGGGGUACUAGGCCUUCAGCGGUAUUGUUCUACGCGGGUUUCAGAAAUUUCUUUCUAGAAAAUGUUAUUAAGAAAUCGGAGACCAACGAUUCGUGUGGUCUAGACAAAGAUUUAAUAUCAAUUUUGUUGAAAGACAAUACAGUGGAGAGUAAGCCGGAUAAGGAUUUCAAUCCGUUCUUUAAGUAUUUAUAAAAUUAAUUAUGAAAAAGAAAAUAACAUAUGAGAGGGAGCAGAUGUGCUCUGUAACAUAGUACCUUGCCACUGCUUUCUCCCUGCCUAUUCAGUUUUCCUCAAAACUAAAGAGUCACUCACCCGAUGGUCGCUCUAAUUUUGACGAAGAGUGAAUAGGCAUUUUCUAGGUAAGAGAAAAUUCACCAAUUCAGGCCGCAUUUUCACUUACGAUCAAGGUGAGAUUGUAGUCAAACGAGUGUUGCCGAAUAAUCGAUUACCGAUUAGUCGAUUAUUUACCUCUAAAUAACCUAAAUAUCGAUAUGCAUAUCGAUAGUAUCGAUAUUGAAAAUUCUACAAUUAUAUCGAUUAACAG